AGAGGAUUCCUGCAGUCAAACACUGAAGUACUGUAUCGGUCACCUGUCUGCCUACUUGAGCAUUCACCUGUCAGCCUGCCUGUCGUACUGACCAGGGACCUGUCUGACCUCACGGCAUCAUGAUCAGCAGGAAUAUUGUUCUUUUGGUCUCCAUUUUUGUCCUGUUGGUAGAGGGAGACCUUGACUCCAAUGAUGCUGGGAUACAAGCCAUGCCAACAGACAAAGAUUCAACUUCUGAUGAAGCUCCUACAGAGAGCAUGAACGUUGUAUCUCCUGAUUAUCCUGAUGAAUCCCAGUAUUAUGGAAAAGGCCCAUCAGACACCAGCAGCUCAAGUUCAGAGACAUCAGACACCCCUGUACCCAAUCAGGUGACAGCUCCUGAAGAUGAAAGUACUGACUCUGAUGAAGGGGGGAAGAAAAAGUUCAGUUCCCGCUCCUCCAAAGCUCAGAACCCCGCCCACAUCGCACAAAGCCCUGUCCAUGUCGCUCACAUUCCCGCCCCCCCACCACUGCCCAUCGUCCCUCAGCCAAAAGCUCUGGUGAGGAGCCGAGUAUCCAAGAGACGAUCCAGGACCAACCGCCGCCAGAUCUAGGGGACGAUGACCACCUAAUAACGAUGACCACACAAACAUAUAAUCUAUCACACAAGGAGACGAAUGACACACACACAAUCUGAAUGUUUGCAGAUGCUUACAAAAACUCACUCAUACUGUUGAAAACUUGGAAGCUGAACAUGAAAUACACCCACACAUACAGCAGGAUCAGUCUCAAAUAUUAAUCCGCAAACUCAUCAAGCCAUCUGAUUGGUCAAGCAGACCAAACAGGUCUCCGGGAUACAGGGGUCUUGUUCAAGCCAAUGUUUUUUGUACAUUUAUACGGCAUGCUUGGACACUUCAUUUGCAACAGAUUGAAAUUGGUCAGACACUUGGAGAUAAAGGAUGUGACACUUUAACCACAACUGUGAAACCACACUGAAUUUAUGCUUUUAAAGUCCAUGUUUGAUUUUUGGAUGAAAAUGAAACGUUAAAUUGUAUCACAUGAUUUACUUCUUAAAGGUUUUUGUAACACUUAAAAAGAAGAAGAAAACAAUAAUAAGGGUCACUGCGAAUACUAUCAACCAGUGUCAGAGCCACUCUGGCCAUUGAUAGAUUUUGUCUUUUGGGCCCCUGCUAGAUGUAAGGAUUCCCCCCCCCACCCCCCACACUCCAGCAGACCUCAGAGUAUUAAAUCUGCUCCAUUUAUCUUUUUUUCUGUCUGUUUUUUUUGUGAGACAUUUAAGAUUGUGAAACAUUUAAACAAUUGUAUGCUAUCUUCUGCUUGUACCUUAUUAUCUUAUUUUAAUAAAGUUAAACUGAAUAUAA